CUUGUCUCUUCUGUUAUAGACUAUAUCAGCAGCAAGUACCGAAUUAACUUCCUCUGUUUAUGAUUUUAUACGAACAUACCAUCGUACCUCGGGAGAAACUCAUCCCCGACCGUAUUUGGUCAGCGUUCAGGAACGGGGCAGUGUGAGCAUAGCCACAAGCACUGUUGCUCCUCCUCUCCCCGCAUGCUGUGUGUGCAACAUCUGGAUGCCACUGCGCGACCAGUUCUGAGGGCUAUUGGACAUGCGUGACUGAGCCGAAAAGCAUCGACAUGAUUUUUCUUAGUGGUUGUGGCCAAGUCAGGUGUUGAAUAUGGAGGAUGCCAGUUCGCCGCCUAGCUGUGAAGUAUCUGGCGUUCAGCGGUCCCCGGGUGCCGAUGAUGAUAACAAUGAUCAAAAUGCCCCCGAUCAUUUCCCACGAGCCAAUUCAUUUGGAGCAUACGAGAAUGACUGGGAGGAAACUCCUGCAAAGGGUCUAUCGCCUUUCGACCGCUUACCACCCGAAGUAAUCGAACGCAUCCUCUCUAUCGUGGACGCCAACGUAUUCGCAUCGUUGACCCUUCUAAAUCGAGAAUGGAGACGGAUUUCAGAGUCGCCAUCACUAUAUGCGCACCACUUAUCCCGGUGCUCGUCACCUUCUAUAGCUAGGAAUGCCAAUUCAAGUUCUGUUGGAGUCAAUAAUCUCGCAACUCUCAAACGCGAGUUUUUCGGUCAAAUGCGACGCAAUACGUUUGAAGUGUUUCUUAGGCCUCGCAGGACCCUCAUUAAGCUGAUAUCAUCAUCCAUAAGUUCUUCAACCGCUUUUCCCCACGGGGAGGCUCUUCGAUUUGCUUUUUCACCGAACAGUCAGGUGCUCCUAUGCCUAAGCUCUUCGAGGAUUUUCGUCCUUGACGUAGUUUCUGAACCUGCUGUUGUGACACACGAACUGAAAACCUUGAGAAGACCAUUAGGCGCUACAGUUUUAGAUGAUGGAUCGCUUCUGGCAGUUAUUUCGUCGAGGCACCAGGCCAACAUUUACAGCCUUUCGAAGCAAGAAGCAAAACAUAUUCAAGUUCUCAUGUUGGAUGAUACUCCACGGACGUUAACGUUAUCACCAACAGGAGGUGUGCUUGCUAUAGCCUAUGAUGAUAAAAUCGAAGUCUACGCUUUGGGGAAGGAUGCUCCUGCACCCCAAAGAAGAUCCGUGCGCUGCGCUGGAGUCGACUCAAUCUGCUUUUCCUCGGAUGAGACUAUGCUUCUGGGUUCGUCCGCCGAUUCCGAACAAAAUUGCAUAGUCACCAUCACGGCUCCUUUCUAUGCCGAGUUGGGAACAGAUAUGUCGCCUCAGGAUGUCCAAAUUCGGAUGUGGACGACACAGGUUUUAUUCCCUAAUGCCAUUUCAGGCUACAGCAAUGCUUGUUUGGUGCCUUCAUGCAUUGAGGGGGCGGACAGUUGGAUAAUGGCAUACGACAGGCAAAUAGGGUCUUUUAGGACAAUCAGGGUCAUUGACUCAAAGGACGGCGUUGCCCGUUUUGAGUGUCCGCUACCGAGCGAUGGGUCACCGGAAAGUUGCUCGCCGGCAACAAUACCUACUACCGACUCUAAGGGUGAAUUAGCAGCGGUGGGAUUCCAAGACAGCGUCUGGUUAUAUGGGGUACCGGAACGUUUUGACUCUUCUCCGGCAAGCCUGACACUUGGGUCAUCUGAAGCGUUAACUGAUAACCAGAAUAAUAACCUAUCUCUCUCCGGUUACUCACCGGAUGAAGAAGCGCCUGUUACGGCAGAUCAUAGCUCUGAGCCGGCGCAGGUAAUUAUCGGCCGACAGAAGACGCUGAUUAGAGGACACAAGAUAGCCGAUAUUCCAGGAAUUACGGAAGCUCGCUGGAUACGGCCAACGCAUUCGAUGCCAAGCGGCGAAUUCAGUCUUCAUAGACUCGUUGCCGUGGCCCCUGGAGGCCUUAGCCCUCCCACUUUGGGAGAUGAAGAUGUACCUGUUGAUACUGGAAGAGUGCUUAUUUUGGACUUCGGACGUUCCGCCCGAGAUGGUGAGAUGCUGGAGGUUAACAUUGAACUUGGAGAGUCGGAGCCCCUGAUGCUUAGAGAACAGAGCCCCAGCAUGGAGGUAGAGAUCGAACUUGAGAGAACUAGGUCACGUUUACAUCGAAGUGGCCUUAGUUCACGUACCAACCCCAGCCAACAUCCUUCAAGAUCUGCUGUUCGAAAUUCUUACCCUGCCACGCAUGGUGAAAAUCAGAAAUUGCAAAAUCUCGGGGAUAACUCCUACAUGCAAGGAACUGCAGAUGAUGCGGGCCCAGAUUAUGCUCCCUCUCUUGUCGAUAUGCCUUAUAGUAAUACCCAGCCUCGGUCUCACGAUACCCUUCGUCGUGCUGCUACAGCAGCAGCGACUACUUACGGGCGAUACAAUAACCGAUACCGUGACCAGUCUGGGCUGGAGGUACCCGAGGAAAAUCAAGAGGAUAAUUGGGUGCCGCCUCCGCCUCCCUACACUCGCGAGCCCGUUACUCCGUUCCCAGACGGUGUCAGAAGUGGUUUUCUUCCAAGUGAUACAUAUCCUGCUUGGAGUAAUGGCAAUAUGCUGCCGAGAGCCGGUGCGGCUGGCAGUGAUCGAUUGAACAACGCAAUGCAAAACCUUCCAUAUUUGCAAACCAGUCAGAGAUCAAACACUAUAACGGGCUCCAGAAUGGCUACUGCGGAAAGAAGUGACCUAGUCGAGCCUGCGAUCAGUGCGGAGAGUUCAAGGCGAGGCCUUCUCCAGGAUCAUGCACAGCCGCUUCUUGUUGAUAGACCUGGGUCUCAUGGGUCCGAGUCACAAGUGCAGCACCAGCACUUUGCCUCAGGAGAGACCCUAGCCGAAAUCCUGUCACCCGUACGCAUCUCAGGUUCGACGUUCCAAGCAGCGCCUCAUAAUCCGACUCUCUCUCUCCCUCGACUAGAACCCCACGAUGUGGUGCACCAACGAUCUUCCCAUAUCUAUACUGCUCAUCACACCUAUUCUUUGUCGUCUCCCGAUCUUCCCCUCCCGACUACAGAUGAUUUUCCCCAGGAUAUGGUUCCACAACAGACCGCCGGGUUCGCAGCUACGUUCCAAGGCUGGGCAGAACCAUAUUCACAGUAUCAAGAGAACGAACUUCUUCAUCCUCGAAUAGGAUCUCUACGCCGUCGAGUGUCUACGGACCCGACUCCCUCAUCGCUUCAGCAGGAUCCUAACGAGGAGUGGCGACGACGCAUUGAGGAAUGGAAUGAACGAACGAUCCGUGAGAGAAGCAGGAGAAACAGGACAAGAUGUGUUGUGAUGUGAUGUUAAUGUUGGUGUACUCGGUCUAUAUGGUUCCUUCCUUCUGUAAAUGACUGGUUUUUGGGAAUAUACGGCGUUUAUAAGUUGGGUUCCUUGGAUAACAGACUUCUUUGCAACUACGGAGCACCGUAGAUAUAUAUAGGUUGAAGUGAAGAAUGAUUGUUGAUGCUUCAGUCCAGAACAGUUUAUAGUUACUUGACGGUUGUGAAUAAGCCGCCCGAUGCGGAAUUGGUAGCCGCCAGAGCUCGUCUAGAGACAGGAGGAAAUGAAAUGGCUGCGACUACUCAAGUACAAUGACGGCAGAGAAGAGACAUGGCUACUUUUUAUUGUGGA